GACGACUCAGAGUGUCCGCUGGCAGAGAGGAGAAAUCAUCACCUCUUUACGAGUUCAGUGACCUCUUCCAGGAUGCAGAUGUUUCCUCAACAACGCCAGCGGAGUCUGUGCAGGAUGCAGACCGCUGGUAACCCCGGAAACUGAUGGACAAGGCUGCAGGGCCACCGGCUCAAAGGGGGCUUCAUGUUCAAGCAGUGGAAGGACAAGUACCUGGUCCUGACGAUGGAGGGGAGCCUGCUGGUGUGCCGGGACAUUGAGUCCCCUCCGGAUCAGGUGGUGGCGCUACAAACCAACUGCGAGGUGAUCGCCGAGGGUCGAGAAAUCCUGGACCUGCCCAAGCUGCCUCCGGGGGGGAGGAGGGAUUGCUGCUUUGCCCUCAUCCUGCGGCAGAACAAGUUCCUCCUGCUCCUGGCGGACAAUCCCGAUGAGUGCAGUCUUUGGCUGAAGCUGAUCAGGAAGGUGAGAGAGGGCGUCAUGUCGCCCCAGACGCUUCAGAGAGAGCGCAGCGUCACUCCCUGCAUCACAGACAGAGACCCGCUGCCCGACACGUCCAGCGAACCCGGUUCCCCCCGGAUUGGCGAGGGCACCCCACCUCUGUCUCGAGUCACUGAGAGGGGGGGCUCAUUCAGAGGCCCGAACCAAGCCUGUGGGGCGAGGCGGGCUCAGCGCAGUGCUUCUGUGGCACCACCUCACCGAGUGUCAGACUGUCUUCGCCAUGGCAACAGCAGUGACGCCCGGGCAGUGCGGGCGGUGUGCCUGCUGAUGGGAGGGCCGGCGGCCUCGUCCGCUCUGACUUACAUCAGCUCCUGCUCCCCGUCCUCGCCGCUCACCGCCAGGGCCCCGGAGAUCACCCACGGCGCGGGGGGCUUCUCCGAGCUCCCUGCCGGCGGCGCCUUCCACGCCUGCAGCCAGGACGUCGACUCUCCUCACUUCAACAGCUUCGACUUUGAAGGGGACUCCGACUUUGAUGCAUUUGACUGUGGAGGAUUUGCCUUUUAAUGGCGACUAGCACCAGAGAGAAACUGUUCGGAAGACCUUUCAUCCCCAACACCCAGUCCCAGUUUUAUUUUUCCUUUGUAAUAUGUCACUGUAAACAGUAAUCCAUUAAUGGCUUAUUUAUUAUGAAUUUGAAAUGAAAUAUGGUUUCUUGUGUGAAAGAUUUCAUGUUGCAUGACCACCCCCACCCCCCACCACCACAGAACA